AUGACUACUCUUGCUGGAAGCAAUCAUCAUAAUAAUUAUAUUACCAAUCUACCUUUUGUUCAAUCUCCAACUUAUGGUAAUAACUCCAAUUUGGUAGAUAAUACAUUUUGUGGCAAUGAUCAAAUCAAUAUGAAUAAUAAUGGUAAUAAUAGUUAUUUGGAUGCUAAUAGUUCUCAAACGAUUAUUAAAUCUGAAUUUUAUUCUAAACAAGAAGGAGAAGAAGAGUUCAUAUUAAACAGUGUUCCAAUCAAAACCGAAUUUUGUGACGAUGAUAGAAAUAACCAUAAUAAUGGCAAUAGUAGCGGUAACAAUGGUUAUGGUUAUGGUUUGGUUGAUAUCGAUCACAACUCUUCAAUCGAAUCCUCUCCUCACUUGUUAACAACAAAUGAUGAAUAUUAUGGUCUUUUAACAAAUUCCAAUAACAAUAAUCACAAUCACAACAGCAAUUGUAAUAAUUCACCUCUCAGCUCACCAACAUCUUCGUCACCCUCCAUAAUAACAUCAACCAAUAAUGCUGUGUCAUUAUCAUCUUCAAGAGCUUCCACCAAUCCUACUACUCCUACUAAUCAUGCGUCAGCAAAUCUCAAUGUUACCGCUGCUGCUGCUGCUUCUUAUAAUGACCAAAUGAGGAUUAUCAUGUAUAAACCUGCUCCUCAAAAUGAUAGCAUAGCACUUGUUCAUCAAAAUAUUCAACACAAUUACAACAUUAAUGCACAACAACAAAGAUCAACACCACAAUCUUCUACGACAUCAUCUGUUCAAAAUAAUCAACAAGUGAUUAAAUGCCCACAAGCAAAUUGUCCAAAAACCUUUACCCGGAUGUAUAACCUUAAAGCACAUCUUAGAUCUCAUUCACCAGCACGUCCUUACCAAUGCACAAUGUGCCCAAGAUCUUUCUCAAGAAAACAUGAUCUUCAACGACAUAUUAGAGUUCACACUGGGGUCAAACCUUAUGUUUGCCCAUGUUGUCAUAAGGCUUUUGCUAGAACAGAUGCUCUUCGUAGACAUUUCAAAAUGGAAGAGACCUGUAGAAAUUCUCCUGAAGUUCAAAAUAUGAAAACUAGAAAACGAUAUUCAGAUUUAAAUUGA